AUGCACAUUGCGAUGUGGUCUUCCGAUGAUAAGCGUGUCAUCGCAUCAAUGGGUGAUCAAACCAUUCGCGUGUGGAACUCAGCUACGGGAGAGUUGCUUCACAUCAUGCGAGAACAUAGCGCGGCGACGUAUGUUCUUCAUGCGAACCCCGUAGACUCUAGGCUCGUCAUGAGCGCGAGUUACGAUGGAAAAGCGGUGAUCUGGGAUAUCAUCGAGGGAGUGGCUCUGCGUGUGUUCGACGGCUCACACUACAACUCAAAGCUCGUGGAUGGAAAUUGGCACCCAGACGGCACGUCAAUUGUCGUGUCCGACCUCGCCGGUCAAUUUUCGGUGUUCGGCACUGGCGACAGCGUGCGGUUCUUACGCACGAAGUACGAGCAGUUCUUCCAGACAGAGUUCAUGGGAGAUGAUUUACUCGGGCGAAGCGAAGGUGGGCACCUGAUCGAGCUCGCAACUGGCAUGCUGCUCCACGAGGCGUUUCCACGUAAUUUACUUUGCGAUUCUAUGGGCGACCCAUAUCCAGACCCUUACCAGUCUGCGUAUCUGUCCGGUACCGUAGGUGCAUAUCUGCCCACGGCCGAUGCAAACAUGAUGGAUGUCACCGUGCAAGUGCCAACGCUCGCCGAGCUGGCGCCGAUGGACGUACAAGGUCCAUGGACGAUGCCUGAACUGCCAGAUCCAGCGCAGGAGAUUGUGUACCGAUCUGAUGACGAUGAUGACCCCGUCGUCGAAGAGGAGGAUGACGAUGAUUUCGAAGAACCGGAGGAUGACGACGAUGAAGAUGAAGACGAGUCGAGCGACGAUGAGCGGCAGAGGCGAUCGGCGCGAAGACGAAAUAGAAGAGUACGUUCCCAGCGUCGUUCACUGCGUUUCGACUCGGAUGAGUCCGAAGAGUCAGAAUCAGAGGAUCUGGCGACGAGACGUAGCGAGCGAGCGCAUCGUCGCCCCCAGCGUCUGGGCGUUGAAGAGUACGAUUCUGAUGAGCAAGAGGAAAGUCCAAGAAUCACGCGUCUGCGCCGACGUGAAAUGAGGGCACUCGGGAUCGAAUCCGAAGAAGAAGAAGAAUCCGAGGAGGAAGAAAAGCCGGCAAAACGACAGAAGAAAGCCGUGACUUCUCGACACGAUAUUCGUUUACACGAAUCUUACUCUUGGUUUUGCGCAGAACAACUCACGAUUGGGAGCUACGUCCCUCAACUUGGUGAUAAAGUCGUGUACAUCGCGCAAGGUCACUAUGAGAGGAUGCAGGAACACGGCAAGGACUGGCACGAUGAAGCGCCCUGGCAGACGCUCACUCAGAUGCGAUUCGUUGAACCGUGCGUCGUAUCGUCUCUGCGUUACAUCAUCUCAGACGACGGUACGUACGAAACGCACGGUCUUCUCGAGUUGAAACUUAUCGAUCCUUCGUGCGGCAACUACGGGAAAGAAUUUUUGAUCGAUUUGCACAGGAGUGAUGCGCCUGAUUUUUUGGUUCCGCUUUCGCGUUACCGCGAGGCCGAGAAAUGCGCUUGGAAAAAAGGUGACUUGUGCGCCGCGCUGUGGGAUGAGAUGGGCGCGUCAACGCCUUGGUACGGAAUGAUCGAGAAGGCGCGAAGACACGAAGGUGAAUGGGCUGGAUCUCCUUGGAACACUUUGUGUGUCCAGUACUUCAACGUGCAGAACGAAGACGAUCGAUACAUGGACCACAGUUUUUGGGAGCUUUACAAUGAUGAGUUGAUGCGAAAGGAACACGCAAAGCUUUUGUCCGGCGCAUCCACGUCCCGCGGACCACAGAAAACACCGUUCUCAAACGUCGAUGAGAGUUCGCCGUCGCUCACCCCAGGUGUGACGAAAGAGCUGCUCAGCCGCGUGCUAAGAUUGGCGCGAAACGACAGAUUCGAGGCCUUUGUGAACGUCAUCGGUCCGAAUGAAAAAUUUACUCGCGCAGACGGUACGGUGACGAACUACUGUUCGUUGGUGCCAGUCCCAAUGGCGUUGAACCUCAUCAUCAAUCGUUUGAAGAACUCUUACUACCGGCAGAUUGAUGGCUUUCGAUCAGACGUCGAGCUUAUUCGCGUCAACGCCGAGAUCUUCCACGGAGAGGGGAGUGUCUUCGCCAACUUCGCCGCUGAGCUCGAGGACGAUCUCCUGGAUGACUUACCGUCGACGGAUCAAUCCGAGCCGGAUAUCGACGGCAUGAAAGUGUUCCCGACCAUCACGAAAGCGUCUGCGCCUGCGGAGAGUGAACUUCCGAACGGUGGACGCGUGAGCCUGCGCGUGAAGAUGCGACGAGGAUAA